AUGUUACUUGCAUCGCCAUCGUUUUCUAAUUUCCUAGACAAUCUGAGUUCCAACCCUGGUUCAGUCUCUCAACAACAACAGCCACAGCAACAACAACGACAGCAGCAGCCACAACACGAGCAGCGACAGCUUGAGGCUCAAGUUCCUAAAGAUGUUAACCCCUUCAUUCCGGGUCAACAGAAUCAUCAGCAUCAACAAAUAGGGAUGGUUAUGAUGCCCGAGCAAACAAUGGACUUUUCUAUGCUAAACUCCGACUUCAAUUAUCUACCUAGAGUUUAUGCUGUCUUGGAAACACCGGAGAUGCCCAUUAUUGACACGGAAGCUUUGGCGGGCAAGGGAUCGAGUUUUGUAGAAUCCUUUUCAGCAGAUGCCGAGAAGAGCGGAGCUCCCGUCCUAGAGUCACCCAUUGAAGUUCCAGAACUGGCUGAGACUUCUACCGAGCCGGAAGUAUCCGAUUACUCGGUUGCAGACCUUGAUGGAGACAUUUAUGAUGACGAUGAUAUGACUACUUCGUCGUCGAAACCUGUGGAGUUGAAUACGGAUAAUCUCACUGCCGUAGACAUCUUCGGCGGUAUCGAACCUGAGAAAGCAUUCGCCAGGUAUGAGCUUAUUGACUUUUCAGAUGAAGAUACUGUCGCCAUCAUGGCUGCAAGACGGGUGGAGCGUCUCGCGGCUAGCCUUGAGCCUGUCCUGGCUCGGUUAGAUAUGCUUAGCAUUGGAUUAUAG